UAAUAAGGAGGACAAAUCCUGAUUAAUCAGGACACCUGACACCCCUGCCACAUACAGCUGAAGUUCAUAAAUAAACAUAAUAAACAUAUUAUUUUAAAAUUAUUGUUGAUAUGCCAGGAAAAGUAAAAGUGAAGAUUUUAGCAGGGAGAAAUUUACCUGUGAUGGACCGCAGUAGCGAUACGACGGAUGCUUACGUAGAAAUAAAACUUGGUUCAUCAACACAUAAAACUGAUGUUUGUAGAAAAUCGCUAAAUCCUACUUGGAAUUCCGACUGGUAUCGUUUCGAAGUCGAUGAUUCCGAUUUACAAGACGAACCUUUACAAAUUCGUUUGAUGGACUAUGAUACAUAUUCAGCAAAUGACGCUAUAGGAAAAAUUUAUAUUAAUUUGAGUCCCCUUUUGUACUCUUUAUCCAUGACCAAACCAAAUCAGACUAGCAAUACCGGCAGAAGCUCAGUUAUGUCAGGAUGGAUUCCUGUUUAUGACACAAUGAAUGGCGUCAGGGGUGAAGUUAACUUGAUAGUGAAAGUAGACCUUUUCACCGAUCUCAAUAAAUUUCGACAGAGCUCCUGUGGAGUAAGAUUUUUCCAUUCUUGUACCAUUCCGCACGGCUAUAGGAUAGAAUUUGUACAUGGGUUUGUCGAAGAACUGGUUGUCAAUGAUGAUCCGGAAUAUCAAUGGAUUGAUAAAAUUCGUACGCCAAGGGCAUCAAAUGAAGCUCGGCAAAUUGCAUUUAUAAAACUUUCAGGACAGGUCCAACGUAAAAUUGGUUUAAAAGCCAUAGAUUUAGGUGCCAAUGCCAUUAUCGGUUAUACACAGUGUUUCGAUUUAGAAGGAGAUGUUGGUGUUGUGGCCCGUGGUAUCGGUACUGCAGUUACUCUUUCUAAAAUCAUAGCAAAUCAAGCAACUGCAGCGUUGGAUACAGUGCUCGCUGAAGAGUACGACAAUUCUAACAGUUUACUUCAAAUAAUCAAUACCACAAAAUAUCUGCCAAGUAAUUCAGAAAGUAUUACACAGAGAGCAUCACAGAGUCCUGCCAAAUCGGGUAUCCUGGGAUCUGUAACUACAGCUUUCAAGGAUAUUGAUUGCAAUCAUGGCUUUAAUAGGAGAUCAUCAGAUUCUGAUAUAAGUACUACAUCAAAAGGUAAUUCGUUGCCAGAAAGAGUAAUAAUAUGCUCUAUGCAUUACCAACAAACAAAUGAUCUAAUGAAACCGAUGAAUUCUGAUGCUAUGGACUUAUUAGAAUAUCCAUUCUUGACGAUUACCAAGGUACCCUCUGGAUUUAUACAGCAUUUGGGAGCUACAGUUUCUGCUAGAUCUGUAAAAUUGUUAGCGCGCGUACCUAACCCGGAUGAUCCAGAAACGCGUGACAUGUGGUGGAAUGAAAUCAGAAUGGAAAUUCGAUCACAUACCCGAGCUAUUGGAUGUAACAUGGUGUUAGGCUAUAUGGAAACUACCACUAUAUCUGAAGAUGUUUGCGUAUUAUCUGCUACAGGAACUGCCGUCGUUGUGUGUUUGCAGAAUAGUGAAAGUUUCAAUAGCGACUCUACCAAUGUUUCGAAACCGCAUGUAUCUACAUGUGCAAAAGACGCUAUGACUUCCUCUUUAGAAACGCAUGAUUUAGAUGGAGAAUUCAAUAGUGUGGUAGACUCUUCAAUUCCUAUGAAAUGCUCGGAAACUCAAGAAAAUUAUAACCCAGAUGGCGAAAAUAGCAUGGUUUUUGACAGUAGUGAGACGGCUGCAAAAAACAUCCCCCAGAAUCAUAAAUAUAGCUGUGAACUGUGCCAUGUUCCAUACAAUCAAAAUACUAUUCCUUUUAGAAUCAACAUGAUGAAAUGUGCUGCAUGCCGGACAUCUAGUGUGCCGGAUAUUCUAUUGUGCACAAUAGAAAUCCCUGAAGAACUGCAGGUAAAUGGUCGUGGGAUUAUGAUUCAAGCUUACGCAAGCAGAGUGAAGAGAGACUUGAAAGGCGAAUCUAAUGCAAAAGAAAUUUCAGAUGUUCUCCCAUUUUUGGAAAUAGAACUUCAUAAGUUAUUGAUUAAUAAAUUAAAAAUGAAAGGAAUGAACGCAAUUUUCGGGUUAAACACAUCGAUUGCAGUUGGAGAGAGAAUGAUGGCACUAGUAGCUACAGGAACGGCUGUGUACUUAUCAGCACUCCAGCAACCAAUGACCCCUAAAAUUGUGGCCGGUAAUUCAUGGACUAAUUCAGAGAAACUUAUAGAAAUACAGAAAUCGAUUCAAGAGACUGUUGAAAAAAAUAGAGGUAUAUACAACAUUAAAAAUAUUCCUACAUCAACGAUACAACAGGAAAUACCAGACGAUUCCGACGCAGAAAUGCUAGAGAUAGAUCUAAACCAUGGCAACAAGGAAAUCUGCUUGUUAGAGGUUGAUGAUAUUCACGAUCUAGAAACGAUCUCAAUGUUGAUGGAAUCAUGCCAACCAGAAGGAUUUGAUGUAGUUAGUACGCAGUUUGUUCCUGGUUUAUUCGACAACGAUGUAAUAAAAAAUUAUCAAAUGUUUUUACAAAUCUGGCGGGCAAAACUUUUGAUGCAUCAAUCCAAUACUUGCCUUUCCGAACAAUUUCGUCGUUUGCAGCAAUUAAUAUAUUUUAAAUUGAGAGCCAUGACACCCUGUGCAAUAUGUGAUUUGAAAUUCAAGCUAUAUCUACCAGAGAAUGACGAAAUUCAAAUUCUCGUUACCGGAAUGGCAUUGGGAUUAAACGAUUCGUUAAAAACGACAAUCAAUAGAAAAAAGAAUCAAUCACGACCAUCAGCGAAAGAUCACCACCACAAACGCAACGAAGAUGAUCUAAUAUUCAACUUGGACGAAGACUGUUGUGGAACGCCGUGGAACAUGCCAAUGCAAUCCAGCACAACAUCUUAUUUGGUUCAAACAGGUUCUCUCAAGCUUAGUCGUAGGUCACCUAGUGGGGGAAAAUUUGGCUCGGAUCGGAAUGUUAAACACAUGUCUUUGAAUGAGCGUUUCGGAAUAGAAAUAACACCUCUCACCUACGUACCAGGAGGAAAAAUUGAAAAAUAUCUCGGUAACCUAAAUUUUUUUUUCAUUCGAGAAUCAACUGCAGUUAAAGAAAAUGGAGGUAUAAGCGGGUUCAUUCACAGUUUUAUCGUGGAGGUUUUGGCAGUGAUCAGAGCUCAUAUAACUGCAUUAGGAGGAAAUGCGAUGGUUGCUUUUCACUUGACAGAACUUGUACUUGUUGAUAAUUUACAUAAAAAUCAGGGUCAAUCUUUAAUUAGUGCCGGAGGUGAUGUAGUAUUUGUUUCCUACUAUAAGGAUGAUCCAAUCAGUUAGAUAAAGGAUUUUCUGUGGUCUGCAUCUGAAAUAAAUAUAGCAUGUUCUCGUAAUGUUCUUUACAUCCAGGAUUAAAAAACUCAUGUACAUUUCUAAAUUAUGAAAAAGUAUUUAGAAUAAACAGCUAAGCAAUCUUUAAUAUGAUCAGAAAACUAUGUGAAGUGUUAAUUAGUGGCGUACACAACUGUAUCACACAGAUGAUUGGUACUGGAGGCGACGAUUUCCUACAUAUUUGAACAAUAUGUCGAUGACACAUAGAGUUUCGAUUGAAAAAGAUUAGAUUGCACUUUUUUUGUCUCUCGUUUUUAUUUACUUACUUAAUCAUAUAAAAAUUAUAUUUAAAUAUAGCUUCAAUAACUGUACACCAAAAAUGAUUUAAAAAAAAAUUACUGUACUAGCUGAAUGAAGCAAAUUAGUUUUUGAAUACCUCUACUGUUGGGUCUGGUGCAUGCAUGGCAUAUCCCAGUUCCUGUAACACUUGUCUGAUGUUACCAAAUACUUUUUCAUCCUCAAUCGUGGCAGGUAGACGCACACAUUUAUCUGCAGCAAAAUCAGCCAUGGCUCUCCUCAUUGUCUUGCCUAAAAGUAUAGAA